AUGUAACAAGAUAACAAUUAAAGAGAAUUUAAAAUACUAAUAGGUUUUACAGGUUCAGUGGCUUCUAUUAAGGCUGAACAAUUGAUUAGUGACAUUUAAAAGAAAUUCAAAGAGUUCAAUUAUUCAACCAAGAUCAGAAUUAUUACAACUCAUAAUGCUUAAAAAUUCAUGAAUCCUUAAAUUGAUGGAAUUGAGCAUUUCUCUGAUGAGGAUGAAUUUAAAACAUGGAAAUAAAGAAAUGACCCAGUAUUACAUAUUGAAUUGAGAAAAUGGGCAGAUUGUUUACUGAUAGCUCCUCUAUCAGCCAAUACUAUGGCUAAGAUAGCUAAUGGUUUAUGUGAUAAUUUAUUAACAAAUGUUGCUAGAGCAUGGGAUUACAAUAAACCAAUGAUUUUAGCUCCUGCAAUGAAUACUAUGAUGUAUGAGAAUCCAAUCACAGAAAAACAAAUCAAUAAACUAAAAAAGAUCGGUGCAUUUAUAAUAGAUUCAAUCUCUAAGAUCUUGAUCUGUGGUGAUAUUGGAAAGGGUGCAAUGGAAGAGACAAAUAACAUAUCAACCAUAGUCUAUCAACGAUUAGUCUCUAAGACUUGAAUUUAAUAUUAUAUUUAUAUGUAAUAAUGUUUUAUUUAGAAUGAAUUUGAUGCUGAAGAUGUGAGUCCUUGGCAAGAAUUGAAUUUAUCCCCUUAGUCUAUUCUUUAAAAGUAGUAUCAAUAAUAGAGAAGUUCAACCAUUUAUUCUGGCAAGGAUGAUAAGCAGAAAAUAAUUAAUACUAAAACAACUUUUUCUAAAUUAACUAAACAUACAGCAACCACUACAACAGCAACUGAAUUUCCUAUUAGAUGUCUAAGGAAUAGAGUUAAGAGUAUAGAUUAGACAUAGAAAUAAUUUCUGAAAGCAACUCCCGUAAAAUAAUAUUGUGACUUUAAACUGUCAAAAGAGAUGUUGAUGUAUAGAAAUACUGCUGAUUUCCCUAAACAAACCUUGCCUCGCAAUUUCUUAUCAUUCUAAAGACUAAAGAAAUCUUAUAGCAGAAAAAAAACUAUUCACUCCUAAGAACUAAAUCCACAAUUAUUAUAGCUUUAGAUGUAAAUGAAAAAAAUGGAAGAAUAAGUGUAAUAAUAAAAGAAAUCGUCAUGGGAAAUUGGUGCUCGAAGAUUGUCAAAUCCCAAAUUUUAAACAUUUUUAAGUACUUAAGUUUGA